AUGGAGCCAAUAGCUAUUGUCGGAUUGUCGUUCAAGCUGCCGCAAGGGGCAGAGGAUGAACACAGCUUUUGGGAUAUACUCGAGAACGGCAAAAACGUCAUGACAUCAUGGCCGGACUCAAGAGCAAACCUCAACGCAUUCUCUCAACCACAAGCUGCUAGCAACAACACGCUACAAGCAAAGGGCGCGCAUUUCCUCAAGGAAGAUCCCGAUGCCUUCGACGCGCCAUUCUUUUCCAUUUCCUCCAAGGAAGCUGCUGCUAUGGACCCACAACAGCGUCUGUUACUAGAAGCGGCAUAUCACGCCAUGGAAAACGCUGGUAUUCGUGUUGAAGAUGUCGCAGGGACUGAGACGGGAGUUUUCGCAGGAUCUAUGGAGAGCGAUUACCACAGGUCAAUAUCCAAAGAUCCUGACACAGCACCUCCGAAUACCGCAACGGGUGCUUCUGUUUCUAUCUUGGCUAAUAGGUUGAGCUGGUAUUUCGACCUCAAAGGCCCUAGUAUGCAACUGAAUACCGCUUGCUCCUCGAGCAUGGUUGCCAUGGAUCUUGCCUGUCAGUCGUUGCGAGUUGGGCAAAGCUCCAUGGCACUUGUCACCGGAUCUAAUUUGAUUCUCAGCCCCGAGCUGUCUCUGUAUCUAGCGAAUUUGAACAUGCUCUCACCGGACGGUCUCUGCUACAGCUUUGAUCAUCGUGCAAACGGAUACAGUAGGGGAGAAGGCGUGAUCGUUUUGGUGCUGAAAACACUAUCAACUGCAAUCAGAGAUCAAGACCCCAUUCGUGCGGUAAUCCGGGGGACUGGAUCAAACCAAGACGGUCGUACCCCCAGUAUCACCCAGCCGAGUUCCACAUCUCAAGAAAGUCUCAUACGCCAGGUUUAUGCUAAUUGUAAGCUCGGGUUCGAGUCCACACGAUACGUGGAGGCUCAUGGAACCGGAACACAAAUCGGUGAUGCGACAGAAAUGAAAGCAAUUGGUGCUGUUUUCAGAACCAGUCGUUCACCGAAAGCGCCUCUUUACGUCGGUUCUGUGAAAACCAAUGUGGGGCAUCUUGAAGGCGGAAGUGGCCUUGCAGGAAUUCUCAAAUGCACGAUGAUGCUCGAAAAGGGUGUCAUUCCACCGAACGCGUUGUUUGAGAAAAUGAAUCCAAAAAUUAACGCCAAGCGGAAUAAUAUCCAGAUCCCAACAUCGUGCAUCCCGUGGCCCGGUAGUGGCUUACGGCGAAUUUCGAUCAAUUCAUUUGGUUUUGGUGGAUCUAACGCGCACGUCGUCAUGGACGAUGCAUACCAUACACUGGAAGAACUUAGCCUUAAAUCCGGGCUGCACAGCGUCCAUUCUUCAGCACUCGCACAUUCAGCGGGGUAUCAAACGACUAACGGAGAAGACAAGGAUGAAACUGAAGGACUUCCUAUUCUGACAGAAGCUGAGAAUCGAGCAGUCCAUCAAACUAUAGAAACACUCAAUCAGUCAGUAGAUAACACCGCUAGCGGCGCCGCGGAUACCUCGAUUUCAAGUGACGUUAGCUCUGUUCCCACAGUCAAUGACACUACCCCAUCGGGCUCGUCAACGGCAGAUUCCAAGUACCAACUUCUCGUAUACUCGGCACGAGACGAAGCAGCUCUCAAACGAGUUCUUCAACAGUACAGCAAGUAUUAUGACGAUUCUGUGCUGGGGUCAACCAGCAGACUUCAGAGACUCGCUUAUACACUUUCUGCAAGACGGAGCAUGAUGACACUUAGAUCGUUCAGUGUGGGCCACGCAAAGCUGAGCUCUGAGACUAUCGGCUUGUCAGGUUCCGACUGCGUCCGUUCAUCCUUAGACACGCAACUCUGUUUCGUGUUUACCGGUCAGGGUGCCCAAUAUGCUAAGAUGGGACUGGAACUCAUUCAGUAUCCUGUUUUUAUGUCUGCCCUGGACAAAGCGGAUAGGGUAUUCCUCUCUUUAGGGGCUGAUUGGUCUUUAUUCGACAAGAUCGAAAGUGGAGAAAGCAUAAACUUGCCACAAUUUAGCCAGCCACUUUGCACUGCUCUUCAAAUAGCGCUCGUUGAGUUACUAAAAAGCUUCAACGUCUCACCAACGGCCGUCGUGGGUCAUUCUUCAGGGGAGAUCGCAGCUGCGUAUGCUGUCGGUGCUCUGUCACUUGAAUCUGCAUGCAAGAUUGCAUAUCAUAGGGGCAGGCUGAGCGGGCAACUGGCUGCGUCAUCCAAGCCAGGGGCCAUGAUGUCUGUUAACCUCCAGGAAGGAAACUUCCAUGCUUACGUGGAAAAGGUGCUCCCAGGAGGAGAUGUCCAUGUCGCCUGUGUCAACAGCCCAACAAAUAUCACACUUGCUGGGUCUGAAGUUGAUAUUGAUGUUUUGAAGACUCACUUGGAUGAUGAUGGAGUAUUCGCACAGAAAAUAAAGACAGGACUAGCCUAUCAUACGCCCGUCAUGCGACAAAUAGCCUCGGAGUAUCUGUCCUGCAUGGACACCCUCAGCGACUCGGUCUCGGAAAACAGCAAAGUUUUGAUGGUAUCCUCACUUACUGGACAGAAAGUCGCCCCAAGCGAACUGGCAUCUGGCCAAUAUUGGGUCGACAACCUUACUUCCCCUGUGCGCUUCGUUGAUGCAUUACAAUAUCUCACACAAGCGGCACCCAAGCUAGAUGGGAUCAAAACCAUAACUGAUUUCAUUGAAAUUGGCCCUCAUGGUGCUCUGCGUCGACCUGUACUUGAGACAUUGGGCCAGGUUUCCAACGGGAAAGCAUCCAGAUAUGCUUCUGUUCUUUCGAAACUUGAUUCGCCGUUGAAGACUACAAUGGAGGUUGCUGGCCGACUUUUCACACGUGGCUACCCAAUAUCUAUUACAGCAGUAAACCAGCAAGGAGCGGAAACUUCUUCCAUACUGAUUGACACGCCUCAGUAUCCGUUCGAUCAUUCCCAACGAUAUUGGCAUGAGAGCCGGUUGAGCCGUGAUUGGCGCCUACGAGGAGAUGCGCCAAGAGAGGUGCUUGGCAUACGCUCAACGGACUGGAAUCCACUGGAACCGAGGUGGCGCAAGAUGCUCAGCAUUGAAGAAGCACCUUGGAUUGCCGACCAUGUUGUCGAUGGUGCUAUUCUUUUCCCAGCAGCGGGAACACUCGCUAUGGCCCUCGAAGCUGUCAAGCAAACAGUUCAAGCACCUCAAGUCAUCUCAGGAUAUCUUGUCAAGGAGGCUACAUUCAAGAGCCCCAUAUUCGUCGAACCAGAGAAGAAGACCGAGGUCUUAACACAAUUGCGUGCCCUUCAAAAUGCCUAUGAGAAAACAUCGUUGCGUUUCGAGGUUGUGGUUUUCUCUGUUGACGGGAGCAAUUGGAAUGAAUGUUUCAAGGCCAUAAUACACGCCAAGAUCAAAGAUGAGAUUACCACAGAGGUCGACGGAGGGCUCGAGUCUCGUGCAACUGGGCAAGCAUUCUCUAAGAGCUACGAAGAGGCAAAAGCUGCAUGCAAAAGUCAUGUUACUAAGCAGAACUUCUACGAGGGACUUGACAAGCAGAACUUAUCAUAUGGGGAGGCGUUUGCCCUCGCAGAAGAUAUCUUUUGGGAUGGCGAUGAACUCUGUGUAGCGCGCGUUGACGUUGGUGAUUCUGUGGAAUCUUAUGAGGGUGCGUUCCACCCAGCGGUCUUGGACAAUUGUCUUCAAGUCUGUUCCACAGCGCCAUCAGGGGGUAUGUCGAAGACACUUUCAACAUUCAUUCCACACCGGCUGCACGACACCUGGAUAUCCGCAUCAGGAUGGCAAUAUCCACAAACAAAUUCAAUAAGGAUACAGACCAAAUCCAAACUCAACGCAUCCUCCACUGGUCUGGACUGUUCUUUCACAGUGUUAGCCGAUGAUGGAUCACUGCUUUGUCAUGCCAAACAAUUCCACAUGUCAAGUGUCGCCGACAAAUCGUCCUCAAGCGAGGCUCAGAAAACACUUCUCCAUGGCAUCGAUUGGAAACCACAACUGUCUUUGCUCACCGCAGAUCAGCUAUCUGAUCACUGUGACGCAAACAAGUUCGUAGAGGAUGAGACUUUCGCGUCCGACUAUUGUGUUCGGUUGGAACGAGCUCUUCGCACUUAUCUCCAGCGAAAUUUAACCCAGCUCCAGGUGUUACAGGGUCCUGAGACACCAGCACAUCUCAAGCACUUUGUGUCGUGGAUCGAGAGGCAACUCCUAAAGAAGCCUGGCCAGUCCGUGGAAGAGAUAAACGAUGAAACGCUUAGUGCUGAGCUCAAAAAUCUGCGAGAGAUUCGGCCAUCUUGGAGAAUCUUCAUUGAUGUCGCGCAUGCCCUCAACUCCAUAGUUAAGGGAGAGACAGAUGCUCUCGAGCUUCUUUUCUCAACACCAUUGGCUCAAGACUUAUACGACGAGUUUUUUCAACGCACAUGCAACCAGAAACUUUUUUCUUAUCUCGAAUUGGCGACUCAUCAAACACCCGACCAAAGAAUCCUCGAGGUUGGCGCUGGUACAGGUGGCAUGACGAAUCAGGUUCUCUCGAUUCUGAGCCAGAUUGAACGCCGCACCGGAGGUACUGCUUUCUCCGAAUACAUUUAUACCGAUAUCUCAACAGGUUACUUCGAAGAAGCACGUGAGCGCUUUUCAGCUUAUCGUGACCGAAUGACAUACAAGACUUUCGACCUAGAGCGGGAUGUAAUUACGCAAGAUAUCGAGCCCGGCUCGUGCGACAUCAUUCUUGCCGGUAGCGUAUUGCAUGCCACCAAGAAUCUAUCCCAUACCUUACGCAACCUCCGGCGUGCGCUGAAACCUGGUGGCCAGCUGAUUAUUCUUGAGGUUACCGCUCCGGAUUGCUUUGUGACGAGCUUUGGAUUUGGCAUUUUGCCUGGCUGGUGGAUUGGCGAGGAGGAGUCUCGCGCCUGGUGCCCAACCAUUGCUGAACCUGAGUGGGAUACAUUGCUGAAAGACAACGGAUUCUCUGGUAAUGACCUGGUCAUCAAAGAUUACAAAGAUGACAGUGCUCAUUACGUCAGCAUUCUUGUUUCCUCCGCUGACAGACCGUCCGAAACAACGACCAGUGGCUCGAGGAUACUGAUAGUUGUUGAAGACCAUAAUGAAGAUCAGAAACGCUUAGCGUCGAAUCUGGUGGAGAGCGGCUUUGAGUCUUCAAAUAGUCGCCCAAUAAUCUUUGGACUUUCUCAGGUCGCAGAUGCGGAAGUGUCUACAACCGAUACCGUGGUUUUCCUUGCCGACGCGGGAGAAUCCCUGCUGGCUAAGCCUUCCGAAGAUACAUUCAAACAGAUGCAGGACUGGGUCCAGCAAUCGAAGCAAUUACUUUGGGUGACCGCGUCGACUAUCUCGCAACACUCUUACCCAUACGCAAGCCUCAAAGAUGGAUUCCUGCGAGUCUUUCGGUCGGAGAACGACAGCAAGAGAAUUGUCUCUCUGUCCCUAGAGAGUGAAUUGUCAGAUGGCGCUGGUUGCGUACAACAGAUCACGCAGGUCUUCCGCUCAGCCUUUGAGACUGCAUCCCCGGACUCUGAGUACAUCAUACGUAAUGGAAAGGCAUUGACUGGUCGUCUCAUUCAAGAAGUUGAUCUCAACAAGGACUUGAACUCGUCUAUUUCUCCCCAAAUACUAACCGAGGCCUGGCUACCAGGCCCACCAUUGAAGUUCGACGUCGGAACCCGUGGGUCGCUUGAAACGCUCCGUUUCAUAGAAGACCCAGACCAUUUCAUCCCGCUUGGUCCGACAGAUAUCGAAAUCGAGAACAAAGCCUGGGCACUUGGCUUCCGUGACAUUUUCGGUGCCCUGGGCCGUUUGGACGAGAAUGAGUUCGGUACAGAUUGCGCUGGUGUGGUGAAGAGAGUUGGUUCGCAAUGCACGCAGCUUCAGCCGGGCGAUCGUGUUUGCACGUCGACCUUCGGUUGCAUGCGGACGUACGUUCGCUGCGAUGAGGCCGAUGCCAUCAAGAUCGCCGACUCUCUCUCCAUGGAGGAGGCUUGUGGUGUGAUCAACCCCGGAAUGACUGCUUGGCACUCUUUAGUCAACGUUGCCCGCUUGCAGAAGGGGGAAAAGAUCCUCAUUCAUUCAGCUUCCGGCGCGACGGGACAGGUGGCUAUCCAGAUCGCCAAAAAGAUUGGCGCUGAGGUGUUUGCAACUGUGGGAUACGACUACAAGAAGCAGUUACUUAUCGAUGAGUAUGGUAUACCCGCAGACCACAUCUUUUACAGCAGAGACCUGAGCUUUGUUGAGGGCAUUAUGCGCGUAAGUGAGGGUUAUGGAGUGGAUGUUGUUUUGAAUUCACUAGUGGGCGAGGGCUUGCGCGCAUCUUGGGAGUGUGUUGCUCCGUACGGACGAUUCAUCGAGAUAGGAAAGGCCGAUAUUCACGCGAACGCGCCAUUGCCAAUGGCAUGUUUUGCCAAGAACGUAACCUUCUCCGCGGUCGACCUCCGCCAUCUCAGUUUCUACCGGAUCGACCAGGCGAGAGAAUUGUUUCGUAAAACCGUCAGCCUUGUCGGAGAACAGGUCAUUCAUUGCCCGAGGCCAUGGCACACCUACUCUGUAUCCGACAUCGAGGAGGCAUUCCGAUACCUGCAGAGCGGAAAGAAUACCGGUCGAGUUGUCGUUCGAGUCGAGCAUUCUGCCAAGGUUCAGAAAUACCUUAUCCACCGCAGGACCUGGAGUUUCAAUGAGAAUGCCACAUAUCUCGUUGCAGCAGGUCUAGGAGGAGUUGGUCGUUCGGUCCUUAGGUGGAUGGCAUCAAAAGGUGCAAAGCAGUUGAUAGUCCCAUCGCGAUCGGGCGCCGCAUCCCAAGAAGCGAUCCAGGUUGUUAAAGAACUUACCAGCCAAGGUGUGAAGAUUGUCACGCCAAAGUGUGAUGUUUCCGAGGAAAGCUCUCUCCAACAAGUACUCGAAGAGUAUGGACAAACGAUGAGUCCCAUCCGCGGAUGCAUCAACGCGACUAUGGUUCUUCAGGACUCCGUUUUUGAGAACAUGACACAUGCACAAUGGGAGGGCACCAUCCGCUCCAAAGUCCAAACUUCGUGGAACCUUCACGCCCUUCUUCCUAAAGACCUUGAUUUCUUCUUACUACUCUCGUCUGCAGCUGGCAUAAUUGGGAAUGCAGGCCAAUCGAAUUACGCAGCAGGCUGCACAUUUCAAGACUCACUAUCCCGGUACCGCGUCUCCCAUGGUCAGAAAGCGGUGUCUAUCGAUCUUGGGCCCAUGCGCACUGUUGGUGUUGUUGCCGAAAACGAAGGUUUGAAGAGGACUUUUGAGAAGUACCCAGGCCUCACUCGGAUUGAGGAGGAGGAAUUCCUUACGCUGUUAGACAUCCUCUGCGAGCCUGAAAGUAGCUCGCCUUCAUCUGCAACGAGGAGCCAAGUUACUAUGGGUAUCGUCACCCCAGCUGAUCUUCUCCUCGAAGGUAGCGAUUUCCCACUCGAGCACAUGCAGCGAUCACUCUUUGCCCAUUUUAGCCAGGCCAAAGCUAUUUCAAGCAACUCGGCCACGGCAAACGGCCCUAACGCGGCAGUAUUGUUUCGGCAAGCGGAGACUGAAGAAGAGAUGACCGACGUGGUUGUCGAAUCGUUGGUAAGGAAGCUAGCACGUGCACUGUCUAUACAACCAGAGGACGUGGAUGUGGAAAAACCCCUGCAUCUCUACGGAGUAGAUUCUCUUGUCGCGGUGGAACUUCGCAAUUGGAUCACAAAAGAGUUUGCGGCAGAAGUGCCUGUGUUCGAGUUGAUGAGUGGAAGAACGAUCGUGGCAAUUGGCCAGCUGGUCACGAAGACUAGCCAGGUUAAGAAAGCAGCCUGA